UCUGGCAUUUAAUUGGAUCGUGGAAAUUAGGUAAAUUAUUCAUCAAGCCCAUUUGUUUGCAAUAAGGGAAAGCCAAUCCGAGUUUCCUUUUUGCCAGGAAAACCUAUUUGUGCAAAAAAAUAAUACAAAGAAAUGCAUUCAUUAGCUAAUGGAGCCUUGUUGGAGCUUGCAAGCAUAUCUUUAACUAUCGAAUGACACGAGAGGUUUCCUUGUCAAUUGAAUCACUUAGUCCAGGUAUGUACAUACGUGCAGUACAGUAAUGGGAUCGAAUCCUAUGGAAGCACGCAUUUCUUGGACGCUAAUUUUUUAAGAGUAUGGGAUUGUUUCUAUGAAUGUGAUGAAAGCAAUACGUCAAGAAAUCAGUGGCCCAGGGAUUUCAUUCGCCUCAUAAGAUUUUUAUCCAUUGAGACUCACUCACUCGCACGUCCUACUUUGAAAUUUCCCAACCGAAAACCAAUAAUGUUCGCACAUGCAUGGAAAACCAUUCCCCUUUCGCUCUUGCAAAAGGGUAGAAUCCCAUGAAAAGAAUUUCCUGUAAGAUAUCAUCUCUGAAAUUGACUGCUAGGCAUUCCAACCCUUUUUAUGUCCCAUUCCAGGUGCAUGUGAGAGCGAAUUCACAUAAAUCACCAUGGCCUUAACUUACGUUGGAGAGUCCAAGAACACCAAGGGCACACCUAGCGGAGCCAAAACUCAAUACCAGAGGCGUGCCAGCCGAGGUCAUGCCUUGAGAUCCUCCAAACGAGGGAGUGUCAAAGUCGCCGGACCGGCAGGCGGGCCAUCCCCAUCCGCGGGGUCGCCCUCAUCACCGCAUUCGGUCUCGUCACCGCCCCACCCUCCUCCACACCAUCCUCAUCAUCCUCAUCAUCCCCACCACACCCCUCACGCCCAUCACCAGCAUGGGCCUCAGAAAGCCGCGCAUGUGCCGCCCAGGAGCUCCGUUCGCUCCAAGGCCUCCUCUUCAGCCUCCUCACACUCACACAGUCGAGUGAAGAAGCUGAAAAACUGCUGCCGUACUUUUACCGAGUUCAUGUUCACUCAAGUUGGAGUGGGUGCUUUAGUGGUGGCUUACACUUUGAUGGGAGCUUCGAUCUUUCAGCACAUCGAAACACAAAUUGAAGAUGUGUCUUUGGCGAAAGUGGAAACCCAAUUGAACGAAACGGUGAAUCAUAUGUGGGUCCUCACCAAUCGAUACAACGUGCUCAACAAAGACCUUUGGACUUCUGACAUCAACCAAGCCCUCCACAUACACGAAGAAAAGCUGGUGUAUUACAUUCAAAACUAUGGGUAUGAUCAGCAGACAAAUGCCGAGCGGUGGACGUUCCCUUCGGCAUUGAUGUUUGCUUUAAGCAUUAUUACCAUGAUCGGGUACGGAGACUUGGUACCUCGAACUGAGGGCGGCAAGAUCGCUUGCAUCAUCUACGCUUGUUUCGGCAUCCCCGUCUAUAUCUUGUAUUUCAUGAACAUGGGCAAGGUUUUUGCCGCAAUCCUCAAAUGGGUAUACACGAAAGCUUACCGUUGGAACGUUCGGAGAAAGUGGAAACAACGAGCCAACUAUGACCCGAUGUCAAAUGCGGGGGAAGAUGCCGAAUUAGACGAGGCAUACUUUGACGAACUCGAACAACAGGUGAUUGUCCCAUCCACCACUUGCUUAUACGUGAUGAGCUUUUACCUCUUGGUUGGGACCAUUAUGUUUGCCGAAUGGGAGGGAUGGAAUUACUUGGAUUCCAUUUAUUUCUGCGUCACCAGCCUUUUGAAAAUAGGAUUUGGAGAUUUCGUGCCCGGGGCCGUAUUCAUUCACGACCAGGAGGCUCAAGAAGAACACGUGGAUACUCAGAUCAAAUUGGUGAUGAACUUUGUAUAUAUCUUAGUGGGCAUGGGCAUCGUUGCCAUGUGCUAUUAUCUUCUCAAAGAGGAAGUCACAGUGAGACUAGAGCAUUUCAAAACCAAGAUGCGGGAAAAGUUCAGAAGAUUGAAGGCAAGACUGAUGUGAAGAAAAUUAUCAGCUACCAUAUCGAUCAUUGUCAUAAAAUGUCUUUCACCCGGAAAAUACAACUUUCCUUGUAAGGA